AUCUGAUUCAUUAGUCUUUAUUUUGAUAUACAUUUCAAGUUGAUUUUUGGAAUAAUUAACAGACAUAAAAAGUCAGACAUGGUAUUUCUCUUUUGAAUUCUCAACUAACAGCCUUUAUAUUAAUUAGGCCACAUACAGAACAGUUGGCACCGAUUCUUCCCUUCUUUGUGCAAAGGAGUUUCUGCAGAAAGUUCUUAGCAACCAGUAUUUGACGCAGGAGCUUUUAUCAAUUUUUCUCGGCUAUCGAGUCAUAUAGUGUGGUUCCUAACCUCGCCAACAUUAAUUGGCACAUCGCGACAUUAGUUUCUUAGGCAUUUUGGGUGCAAGAUGGUACAAAGCCAAAUAACAUUUGUGAAUCAUAAACUAGAUUCUAUGGAGGGGUAUGAUUUGGAAGACUUGCUGAGAUCAAAAGCGGUACUCUUGGGAAAGGGAACUUUUGGAUUUAGCUAUAAGGCAGAAUUGGAAAAUGGAAAAACUGUGGCUGUUAAGAGGUUAAAAGAUUGUUGUUUACGUGAAGAGGAGUUUAAUCAAAAGAUUCAAGAAUUAGCAAAAUUGAGUGAUCAUCAGAGUUUGCUUCCUCUAAGAGCUUAUUACUAUUCAAAAGAUGAGAAGCUUCUUAUAUUUGAUUACAUGCCCACGAGUAGCUUGGCUUCCCUUUUGCAUGACAAUGAAGUGGCUAAGAAAGCUCCACUCACAUGGGAAGUAAGGACUAGAAUCGCUAAUGGAGUUGCUUGUGCUCUCGAAUUUCUCCAUGCUCAAGGCCCUGGUGUUUGCCAUGGUAACAUAAGGUCAUCCAAUGUUUUACUCACCAAUACUUUCGAUGUUCGUCUCUCAGAAAAUGGAAUUUUCAGACUUUUCGUGCCAAACUCCAAGUUUGUCCUAAUCCCUGGCUAUCAAGCACCAGAAGUGGAAAAUGCCUACGAUGUUUCUCCGAUAUCUGAUGUUUACAGCUUUGGUGUCCUGCUGUUGGAAUUACUGACCGGUAAGGCCCCGUUGGAAGCAAGUGGCAAGAACACAGGGGUUGAUUUACCUAGUUGGGUUCGGGAUACGUUUCAAGAAAAGCCUAUUAUUGAUAUUUUUGACAGUAUGCUGCUGCAUAAUUACCAGAAUUUUGGAGAACAGAUGGUUCAAUUGUUACAGCUAGCAAUUUGUUGUACUUUCAAGAAUCCAUCUAAAAGGCCCUCAAUGGUUGCAGUGACUAAUAGAAUAAACAGGACGUGUAGUUUUAGAUCAUGAAGAUGGUUAUUAGCUGAUAAUGGACCAUUGAGAACCAUCUGUUCCCUUUUUGUAGUUUUAUAUCUUUUUGAAAUUCAAUUACACAAUGUAAACAGGAUUCUUGUCUCAAGCAUUUUAAUCAGACAGAAACCAGCUUAAACAA